UUUUGUAAUGAGCCACGCCCACGUGCUGCAUUCCAGCCACGCCUAUUACUGCUGUAUCUGCAAAAGAAGACAAGUACAAGCUAUUGUGACAUCUUGGAGGACAAUUAUGAAGGCACUCGUCUUUCUUUUAUUGAUCCUCCUGUCGGCCGCUACCUGCUACAGCACACCCUUAGAAGCAGUUUUAUCCGAUAACGGGCAAUCGUUGCAAGAUGAAAGUGAAAACGAUGUUGAUACGGACCACAGUGAUUUUAUUGCCGCAGAAGGCAUUUUACCUACGUCUCCUUUUAACGGAAUCUACAACAACACAAAGAACAGGUUCUUUCGCGUUCUCUACAACCUCUCGUCCUACUUGCCAUUCAGUGUAGAGUAUGCAGUGACUGUUGGUCGAAAUUGUAACAUCAUUGAGUACAAUCACGAGUACUAUGGGGUCCCUGGCCUCGUUAUCUCGGCCCUACUCUUCAUAAUCGGUGCACUGUUCUGUUUCGUAGGCUACCGGCUAUUAAAGAUCAAUCUGUUCCUCAUCGGUUUUCUCAUUGGUGGACUAAUGGCCUACUUCCUCCUCCUUGCUUUCAUUGGGGACUUCACAAAAACAUGGAGGAUAUACGUUGUUUGCAUAGUCUCGGGCAUAAUAGGAAUCAUAUCUGGCCUGCUGACAAUCGGUAUAUACUAUAUCGGGCUCUUUCUGGCCGGGGGAGCGGUGGGUUUUCUCGGUACCUGGUUUCUACUAUCAGUCAUUGAUAUUGGCUACUUUCAAACACACGUGUACAUUCCUUUUAUUAUAGCGAUAGGAGUGGGCGUGGUGUGUGGCAUUAUAACGCUUAUAUUUCAAAAGUGGCUUGUGAUUCUCGGCACUUCUGUUAUUGGCGCUUUCCUCAUCAUUUGGAGUUUCGACUAUUAUCUUGAACUUGGUCAAAUGAUUUAUUUCUUGUUUUUAUUUGCCGUCCACCGGAACAUGCUAAAGCCGUGCUGGUUCUCUUGGAUUAUAGUCGUCUUGUUUGCGAUCCUCUUAGUUACGGGACUCAUAGUGCAAGCUUGUGUCACAGGAAGGAAAUACGAUCACAAAAAGGAUUUUGAAAAUGGAAUAUGUUGUGGAUUGUGUAAGAAGUGUCGCAGGGAACGACGUAGUGGUAACUACAUGCCAUUGAAAGAGAUGAAGUGAUCAAUGAACGCCUCAAGAUUUACUCAAUUACGUGUUGUACUAUAAAACAUCUCACAGCUUUUUAGUUCACAUGAAUAAUAAUAAUAAUAAUAAUAAUCUCCAUCAUACAUAGAUUGCUUAGCUGAUUUAAUUUUUAUUGUAAAGAAAAAAAAAUUAAUUUCAUUAAUAAAAGUAAAACUGACAGCACAAACAAA